CAUGAUUCUAUUCUACCGCAAUCGAGCCGCUUUCAAUUUUGUUAAUUUAAUAAAUAGGUAUUUUAACAGAUAUAAAUUGUAAACCGUGUUUUGUAACUUGUUAUACUAUUAACCUCUGGUGAAAAGUAAAUCAUUGCGCAUUAUAAUGAAUCAAGAUACUAUAACCUCUAUUAUUAAUUUACCUGACGAAAUAAUUACGUUGAUAUUAGUAAAUAGCAAACCCUGUGAUAUUAUCCACUUCGGCGCUACGUGUAAACAGUUUCUUGAACUAGUAUCUAACAACGACUAUUUGUGGAAAAAGAAAUAUUCAGAAACAGUACCAAGUGCAUUAGUCAAUCUUGUUAGUGAACGUAACGAUGGUAACUGGCUUGGAGAGUUAAUCCAGUUUUAUAAAAUUAAACAAAGUGUAUGUAAGAAACUAAUAGCCAUGCCACCAGAAUAUUACUGGAGAGUCAAAGAGGUGGCUUUAACAGAUGUGUCAACAUUCUUUGCAAUUGCAACAGAUAAUAAUUUGCAUUAUCACUAUACAAUUUAUAUCCUUCAAGAUGUUGUGAAGAAAGGAAAUACUAUAAUUAACUCAAAACGAUGUUUAAAACCACUUUAUACAUUGACAACAAUAUAUUAUGCAAAAAUUGUUCUACGAUAUUUACUCCACACCUACCUGGCUAUGAAAUGGUUACAAAAACAUAUAAGAAUUGAGUUAACACCAGUUUUUGUUACAACCUUCUUUUUACAAUGGAUAGAUGUUACCAAAAUUUACAGCGAUGAAGAUGUGGAACAAAGGAUUCAAUUACUAGUUACAAGAGUUCAAGACAUUUUGACAGAGUCUCAUUCAAAAUUGAAGCCCACCCAGCAGUUUGAUAGAAAUAAAUACACUGAAAAACAAGUGUUGCAUGCAAUAACAAAAGUUAUUUAUAAUAACAACCAAGUAUCUGCUUCAAUUGGUUCAAAGACUUUGGAUAUAGUGAAGGUUAUAGAUGAAAAUGAUGGUAAUGUUAUUUCAUAUGGUGCAAUUUAUCAAGCUGUGGCAAAAAGAUUUGGUCUGAAAUGUGAACUAAUUGCAUUUCCGAAUCACUUGUUCUUAGAGUGGCAAAGCACUGAUCAACCCAAUCAGUUGUAUACAAUAGAGCUUUUUAAUGGUGAGGUAAAACCAAAAAGGAGUUGCCCAUUUGCUCACGGCCCGCAGAGAAAUUAUGAAUAUUGUCCAGAUUCAUUACUAAAGUUUAUAUACUCGUCAUAUAUGAAAUCUAAAGGCCCUAUCAAAAACUGCAAAACUCAAAAUGCUAUUCACCUAUGGGAUUUCUUCGGUACCAAUCACAAUGAGCAUAGUCCUUACAAAAACUUCUUUCUGCAUUUGGUGAAACAUGCACAUUCGCCGGCGAUUGAGACCACACUUAAUUUGAUAUAUCUGGAAGACGUGCAUCUAGAAAUGAUACUAGCAUUAUCCAGACUUAACGAAUUUCCAGAGGCUGUUAACCGGAGAAUUGUAAUUAAAAAACGUCACAAGGCAAUAAAGUAUGGAGUGGGCAUGAUCUGCUAUCACUAUAUAUACAAUUACAUCUGCGUGAUUCGCGGCUGGGAAGUGGAUGGCAGCCAGUUGUGUAUACAGGGGGUUGACGAUCUGCGAGGAAAAGAUCAACCGUUCUAUUGUGUUACGGCAGGGGAUCAGUCAGAAAGAUUUGUUGCUCAGGAAAACCUUAAGGUGGUCUACGCGCCUUUUCGCAUUGGAUUGGAUUGCAAUUUGGAGGAUUGUAUAGCAAAAGACUUCACCCAUUUUGAUGGAUUUUCAUACGUCCCUAAUGACGAAAAGUUGUUAGAGUAUCCAGAUGAAGAACAAUACAUUCAAGUUUUUAAGGAAAAAUCUGCUAUCAAUCUAGGUUGAAAAUGAUAGGCAGCUGUAUUUGUAUUCUUAAUAAUGCUGUUUGCACAUUACGGCCAAGCCUCAUUGCACGCUGUAUUUCUGAAUCCCAUCAUAGAAACAGGUGUCACCUACUUAAGGAUUCCUUUUUUGCAACACUCAAAAAAUGAUUUUCUUGUGACUCACCUUGUAAUGUGCGCUCAGCUUAAAUCUAAUGAUGGAUACAUAACCUAUGUAGUAUAGAAUAGUGGUAGAUAAAUAAUAUAGCUAUAACGAAGCCCAAAAAAUAUCUUGCCUAUAAUUUGCGGUGUAAG